ACACCUGUUUUAGUAUCACUCGAACAUGGAAAGGAGAAUGAAGUCGUUGUUUGUUUUACAACUAUUCUUCAUUUACUCGCCUAGCGUACUAGGCGAAGGACUAGUUUUCAGAAAUGACUACUUGUACAAUAAGGAAGUUGAGGGUUUUUUGAAAUAUCAUGAAGUGCCAGCUAAUUGGCACGAUGCUAGACUAAAAUGUUAUUUGGAAGGUGCCACGCUAGCUUCUCCUGUAAAUGACAAAAUGGCAUCCGCAAUGACAAACACGAUCAAACAAUGUGAAGCAAACCAUUUUGGUAUAUUCACUGGUAUCCAUUCAACGUUCUCCAAAGGCGAUUACCGUUCAGUAGAAGGUGUACCUCUUAGUAAAAUUCCUCACAAAUGGCAAAACACGGAACCCAACAACCAGAACGAUUCGGAAAACUGCAUUAUUAUGCAAGCGAGUGGCAGUUUCGCCGAUGUAAACUGCAAAGACACAUACCCUUACAUGUGCUAUAAGAAGACUAGCACUGUUAAAAGCAUGGACUACAAUUGUGGAACUACAGAUGAUCAAUAUUUAGACUACGUUUCUAGAACAGGCAGUUGCUAUAAGGUUCAUACAGAUAAACGAAACUGGACGCGAGCCUAUAUGGCUUGUGAAGCCGAAGGCGCCCAUUUAAUUAUCAUAAACAAUGAAACUGAAGCCGAGGUGGUCAAGGAACUGUUCCAAAAAUAUAAAUUUUCGAAUUUGAAAGGAACUAUCGUAUUUGCCGGUUAUCACGAUUUUGAGGAACGUGGAGAUUUUUUGACAAUACACGGACAAACGCUCAAAGAAGCAGGCUACACAGCAUUCGAGCCAGGUCAGCCAGAUAAUUAUGGCAACAAUCAGCCAUGUGGUGGACUGUUCGCAUCGGCUAGGUUGGAUGACAUGUGGUGCAACAGCUUAUUAUAUUACAUUUGUGAAAAGAAUCCCGAUACACUCGUUAGAGAUGACGUUGUUAAAUCUUGCCGUUCCCAUUCUGGUAAUGGGAUUUACGGGUAUAAACCACGUGACUACAGCAUUAAUGAUAUUCUCGCUGGGGGUUCGAACUGAAAAUAAAAAUUUGAAUAAUGAAAUUUUAUGAAAAUUAUGAUCAAAUUAGUAAAUGAUAUUUAGCUUUUCACCACCGCGAAUCUCUAACUAUUAUUAGUGAUCCUGUCACCAAAGAUGUAAAGAUUAUUCUUAUCCC